AUGGCGCAGAAGCGCUCUCAUAACCACAAAGAUCACACCGCGAAAGCCAUCAAGCGACGCAAGUUCAAUGCCGCGACUGCCAAGAGCUCCGACGAUGCUGCGCACGACAUCGUGAGCGUUGACCAGUUGGAUUGGAAGACAGUCACGUUGCCCGAUAGGUUAGACGAUGCCGAAGGAUUUUACGGGCUGGAAGAAAUUGAGGGUGUGGACAUUCUGAGGCCGUCUGGAGGUGGGGAGAUCAAGUUCAAGGCCUCCAAAAGUAAAAUCAAAGGCAUUCUUAAAAACUCAACCGAUAAGUCAGGCCAACCUGCGGAAGAUUGGGAAGAAUGGAGCGGGUUCGGCGACGACAGCGAAGACGGGGACGGGACUACCCUUGAAGCCGAAAAGAAAGCUGAAAACCAUGGAAAAGUUAACGACAGAAGAACGAAAACGAAUAAUUCAAAUAAGGAGAAAGAGUCAAAUAAACUGCCAAAGGAUCGAGGUCCUCGUAUUAAAACAGACAACGGUAUUAAGACAGGAGUAUCCUUCGCCGCACUCCAAGACGAGGUUGAGGAAGACGUUGAUGUUUCCGCUUGGGAUUCUCUAGAUCUCAGUGCCGAACUACAAACUAGCCUUGGAAGACUCAAGUUCUCUUCUCCGACACCUAUCCAGUCCGCAUGUAUCCCAGCCGUGCUUCAAGGUCAUGAUGUAAUCGGGAAGGCGUCUACAGGAUCUGGGAAGACUCUGGCAUUUGGCAUACCGAUAGUUGAAUAUUUUUUAGGCAAAUAUCGGGGCGGUCGAGCUCCGACUGCAUCUGAAGAGAGAGAAAGCACGAAGGAACCCAUGGCGCUAAUACUGUCGCCAACGAGAGAACUCGCACACCAACUCAACAAGCAUCUUACCGACUUGGUGAACCAUGCACCAAAUACACAAGUUAGGAUCGCAACGGUCACGGGUGGUUUGUCCAUCUACAAGCAGCAGCGGCUACUCGCUGACGCUGAUAUCAUCAUCGCUACCCCGGGUCGGUUAUGGGAAGUUGUCGGAUCUAUGACUGGGUUUCUGUCAAAGCUGAAAAAGAUCAGAUUUCUCGUCAUCGACGAAGCUGAUAGGUUGCUGAGUGAAGGUCAUUUCAAAGAAGUGGAAGAAAUACUAAACGCCAUCGACAAAGUUGAGAUCACUGAAGAGGCUUACGGGGAAAGGUCGGAGCGGGAGCCUGAGCCUGAGCCUGAUGAAGAGAAAAAGGCGGAGCCACGCCAGACGCUGGUCUUCUCAGCAACAUUCCACAAGGGCCUACAACAAAAGCUCUCGGGAAAGAUCCGAUAUAGGAAUGAUGACUUGCUUGACAAAAAGGAAUCCAUGGAGUACCUUCUUCGAAAGCUGAAUUUUAGAGAAGAACGACCGAAAUUCAUCGAUGUUAAUCCGAUCUCCCAAAUGGCUCAGAACUUGAAGGAAGGUUUAGUCCAAUGCGCGCCUAUGGAUAAGGAUCUGCUUUUAUACACCCUUCUCCUCUAUCACCCCAAACAUCGCACGCUAGUAUUCACAAACUCUAUCUCUGCUGUACGCCGCUUAACUCAAUUACUUCAAAAUCUUAAUCUUCCUACUUUCGCGCUGCAUUCAUCAAUGGCUCAGAAAGCCCGCCUCCGCUCCGUGGAGCGGUUUUCUUCCCUGUCAUCAGACCCUUCGUCUAUCCUCGUGGCCACUGAUGUUGCCGCACGGGGACUUGACAUUAAGGGAAUCGAUCUUAUCGUUCAUUACCACAUCCCCAGAACCGCGGACACAUACGUGCACCGUUCAGGUCGAACAGCACGAGCUUCGGCAUCCGGAAAGUCGAUCCUAAUAUGCGCACCGGAAGAGACUACUGGUGUCGCUAGGCUCGUUGCCAAGAUCCAUUCCAAUAAGAAAGACUCCAGCGCCACCGAGUCUAAGAUGGAGAAAAAAGUUCCUUUGCAAUCUGUAGACUUGGACAGGCGUAUAAUCGACCGCCUUCGCCCUCGUGUCACGCUUGCCAAAAAAAUUACAGAGUCUAUCCUUGCGAAGGAAAAGCUAUCUUCUGAGGAUGAUUGGCUACGUUCCGCGGCCGAAGAUCUAGGUGUUGAUUAUGAUAGCGAUGAAUUUGCCGAACAGCAAUCCAAGGGCAAAGGCAAAGGGCGUGGUCGUGGUGGAGGUAGACAAGCACGAGAACAGAAAGCCGCUAGUCUAUCUAAGGCAGAGCUUGCGGGCUUGAAGGCACAAUUGAGGGAAUUGGUGUCCAAGAAAGUCAACGUGGGCAUUAGCGAGAAGUAUUUGACGGCGGGUAGAGUUGAUGUGGAUGCCCUAUUGAGAGGAGAAGGGAAUGAUGCAUUUCUUGGACAUGUAGAAAAGUUGUCAUUUUAAUGUGCUGGAAGCCGAGGACUACGCAAAGCAAACAUAUCCAUAUAUCUUCUUGGUAUAGGGAGAAACCAACCAGUGAUCCAACAAGACCGGACGAAAAUAUAUAUUCAGUUUCAACCCCUGAUCCGAGAAGAUAGAACUCUUAGGAUAUGGUUAAUUACUCGCGCCACUUUGCCCCUUCUCCCUGCAACUAUCCAGAUUGUCAACAAUAACGUCAAACUAACCCGCCUCUUCGUCCUCCACCAAAUUCUUAGCCACCUGGAUGCCAAUCUAAACACCCAUCCAAUUCGCUCUGCCUUUACCACAUCAUAGUCAUCAAGCCCGUUGGCAGUCAUCCAGGUCUGCACCCAGAAGUUGCGCGCAUAUCCUGGAAAUGAGGCGGAAUUUCGCCCGAAUUCAUUAAUAUACCAGUUUGAACAACCAGCAGAGAAUACUGAACCUUGUAGCUGCUGAUGAAUAUCGCUCACCCAGACGUUUUCGCGGGUUUCUUUCACGUCGAUUAUGGAGACGCGACGAUCGAUCAGUGGCGCAAGGAUGGUACGGGCGAGAUAUCCAACCUGGACUUCGCAGGUGAAGAGAACGGAGUUAUGGGCGGGGAAUGUAUUUGGCCCUGUUUGGAGGUGUUAGCUGAGAAAUUCGGUGGCUAGUUGAUAUGAUUACUGUCGCUCACCAAAUAGGAUAC